AGACAACUCAUACGACGAAAAAACAAUAACAGCUUGAUUUAUUAAAGAACAUCCAUCUUCCCUGGACGUAAAUCAUGCGAGUGGAGGCUGAUUAUGUCCCAUAUUCAUGCGCGAAAUCGGUGUCUUGCAUAUAACUCUCUGCCUCCUCGAUUGUGGUUGUUGUGUAUCACUUGUUUGUAGUUUCUUUAUGACGUCAUACCGUACAAACAUCCAGCGUUGAGCAUCACCUAUUCACACAAUUGUGUCGCGAAAUGAGCAAGACGGCUUCGAGUAGGACGUCUUUCUUCUCGUUCGGUCCGGAUGAGAAUUUCAUCUCGAAAUCGUAUGAGGGGUUGAGAUAUCGCGACCUACCGCCAACUCUACACCAAUUAAUAGUCGGAGGAAGCGUAGUUGAUGUCCACUGGGCAGCAUUAGGUGCCGAAAGCGACUCAUGGGUCCUCAGCUUCAAAGACCGUGAAAGCAAGAACAAUCUAGGCUGGGGCGUCAAUACCCCUAAAAAAUUGCAAGACAUACUGAAAAGUCUAACGCCAACACCUCAUUUCCGGGCAUUCCUAGGUCCAGAGGGUUCAUUCAUAGCAUGGGAUCCGACGUUCAUUCGGUGGGUGGGCUUACCAGCAGGUCUGGAGGCCGCUCUGCAGAGUUGGCUCACGCCUGCCGGGUGGAAAGCUGGACCGCCGAGGUUGGUGACUUGGGGUGCGGGGAAUACGUACUUCGCCAUCAGUGAAUAUGGGGAGAUCAAGUAUCGCGUCGGAUCGAGUGGCUCGUGGAGUGUCUUGUCUGACACUGUGGAUGAGUGGAACUCAGAGGGCGAAUUUGACUGGUCGGAUUUGGCGUUUAUAGCCCUGGAUCCCACCACGACGGAUCAAUUCGUUGCCAUCCGUCAGGAUAGAACAUGGGCAGGAUCCGUAGAUGAAUACGGCGAGGAUGCACUUUCGUCAUUCGCCCUCAACUUCUUCCACCUGUCUAAGAAGAAGAAGAAGUCAAAGAACGAUGCAAAAGAACCACCAAACGACGCGAACUCACGGACAGACACACCGCCAACCGCCGCAGAACAAGCCAUGUACGAGCAAUGGGCGACCGGGGUAGCGACUUCAUUUGCUUCGGCACUGAUAGCCAACGGAGGCGCAAAGGCAAAGGCACCCAAGAAGCUCCAGAUCCGCAAUGCCAAUCCCAAGCCUGCGAUACCGACCGCUAUAAACGGGGAAACAGGCGGAAAACGUCUCUCCGAGUUCCCCUACAUCCCUCCAGCUAUUGCGACCUGCACAUUGCCAUUAUGUAUCGAAGCGAAGACGGAUCUUAGCGGAUUGCGGGCGUGUAGACACGACGUGGAGAGGCUCUUCAAAGCUUCGGGAUUGUAUAGCUACGAGUGGCUACGGCAGGAACGGAUACGUUGGCAUCCUGACCGAUUCGGAAGACUGUGUGAAGAGAGCUGGAGAGAUACUGGAAGGAAGCUGGCGGAAGAGAUGUUCAAGAUCAUUGAUAGCUUGAUUACAGAGCUGGAGAGCAAGCGCGUAAAUGGUGAUACCACUGCAUUAUAGAAGAUAUCCAUACAGGCAUAUGUACAUGAGUUGAGGUAGGACUGUGUCCUAUUUCGAAUAGUGGCAUUAAUA